AGCCAUUUUGGCUCAAGCCAGGCUUGCCAAGAUGUCGCUGCGCAAUUCAUCUUUGCUCGGCAUGGCCCUCCUCGUGUCCCCGCGAUGCUGCCUGUGGGCUGCUGACGUGGCGCUAUCCUUCUGCCUCUGCAUCGCGGCUGGCUUCUCUUCGAUCCCAUAUCGUCUUUUACUGAUUGGUUUGCAACUUACGAUUCAUUCGUGUGCGGUGGCGGCUGCUGGACGGGAGUUUAAUUCAACAUGUGCUGCGAUUAUGUUUCUUCAUGGUCUUAUUCCUGCUCCCAUCUUUCGCCUGGCUAUGAUGGUCAACUCGGCUGCUGGUGCCGCGAAACAUUCACAGUGGUUCUGCUUCUUCCCAUCGUUUUGCCGGCGCCGCAGGCGGCAGAGAGGUGGGUAUGGUAAGUCGGUGGUGGACGUGCCAUCUUCUGAGCGCUCGGGACCAGGGCCCUGCAUUAUUAGCAUAUUCGACGCCCUUUCUCGUGGGCAGGGUUUGCCACCAGCAGUAUCCAAAUUCAACCCUUUGGUCACUGAAUUCGUGCCUCAGGAUGCUUGCAACGCUAAUGGCAACAAGUCGUUCUUGUCUUGUGCUGGUGAUUGUGGCAAGAUUGUGGCUCCUCGUUAUAAGUUUGCACGCCCUUGUCGUGUUUUGGCUGAGCCUGGCCCAGGCCCCUGCGGCAAGCAAGGCACCCACUUCUUGGGAUUCAGUUCGGCGUGCAGUGGGCACUCCCAUCACAUUACCGGGGACUCUUCUGUGCAACAGCUGAUCGACGCUCAGAACAGCACGAUUGCUUCGUUGAUCCAGGAGCUGGAGCAGCUGAGGAUGGUGGCCCUUCCUAAUAUCUCUUCUUCGGUGCUGCAGGCCUACGUGGCUGACAAAACUGCUGCAGUGUCGGCGCAGGUCACCCAGCUGCAAGCUGAACUCGCCAGAGCGGUCGAGGCUUCGCUCUGCCGUCGGCUGCCGCCCAAGCUCGAGGAGAUGAAGUCACACAUUCUGGACGCUGCCAGCCUAUCUUUGCAGUCUCCUUUGGACACUCUGAAGCAGGAGCUGACCGACAGUUCCACGACUCAUCAGCGAUCUCUGGGAGACCAAUGUUUGUCAGCUGUGAGUGCCCCAAGGCGGCCUCCAAAGGGCCCUUGACCGCCCAGGAGGCACCCCACGAGACCACCAGUACGGCCCUAGAUGCCCCCCCAAGAGUCUCCACAAUUCUGCCAUUCUCUCCUCUCUUCUCCUCGCGGUCGCGGCAUUGCGCCUCCGCUGCAUUUUCGUCAUCGCCAUGUGCUAUAACGAGCUGGCGCGUAGCUUUGUUGCACGAGCUGUGAGGGGCAGAGCGGCAUGCACCCGGAAAUAGCAGGGGGCACCAUUCUCUCGCACUGCAGACAUUACUUGCUGCACGUUAUGUCUCCAUUCGUCGAGAACAA